AAAAAGAAAUCAGUGUACCCCUCACAAUACUUUCAUUUUUACAUUACAUUUGGACAACAUGGAUUGAUUCAACCCUUCAAAGGUUGGAAAUCACUGAAGUAGACUUCACCACUGGUCAGCAAACUGCGGAAAAUGCCACCAACAGCAUCAGUUAGUACCAAAAGAUAAUGGUGUGUGUCACAGAUAACUGUAAUGCACUCAGAGUGUCUAAGCAGUCACUCUUGUGGGAAUGGAACACAGAAACCACUAAGAGGAUGUGAUCACUUCCCCACUCCACACAACACAGCUUCUCGGUCUCUGCAACAAUGCCCGGUUCUCCAUAGAAUACGACAAAAUUAAUAAAUGCCAUUCCUCUUAGGAGAGGAACAACCUGAGUUGUCACACCCAUUUUGUGUUUUAUUACAACAUUUUAUUAUAACGCUUAUUAAACCAUUGAUGUUUCAUUGAGUAACAGGGUUAUUGCAAUUUAAAGAUCAUAAAAUAUCAAGUAGUUAGUCUGACGGAAGAACAAAAUACAGAAUGAGGCUAAAACAUCGACAGCCAGAUUAAUCUGAAUCCACAUUAAAUUAGAAAGCAUCCAGGGAGACCAUGCCGUCUGAGAUUCAGCUGUUCAUGCAAUUGAUUCAAAGCAGAUGGAGCAGCAAAGUGAAACGCCUUUUUUCUCCAGUGCAGUGAUGACUUUUGGAACAAAUCAUACAAAUAAAGCAAUCUUUUCCACAAUAUAUAGCAAGAAUGUUGGUCUCUCGGUAAGACUAGAACCAAAAAUGGCCUAGUAGAUAAAAAUAUGUCAGUGGUUGGAUAAAGGAGACCAUCACACCCUGGCAUAAACUGUAAGAGGCAAUGAUGCUUUAAAAUUUGUGAGCCAAUGACAUUCCUUCACACAAAAAUAAAUGUAAACAGGGGGAGGACACUGUUGCAGACACAAACUGGUGAUCUAGAAACCAGACUAACAGGAUUUUACUAAACGAGGGAUGUAAUGUGAUCCGACAAAAAGGGCUGUACAUUUGGCUGUGCAGCAGGGACUUCCCUUUGGAGAAGAUCUGCAGAGCAAUGAGGUAAUGAGCAAGAGGAAGUGCCCUACUCACUCAAGGAGGAGCCUGGGAAGACAGUGUGUCAGUCUAAGGGAGGGGCACAGAGAGGCUUGGCAAUUGUGUUUUGUCUUGUUGAAGAGCAGUGGGGAGGAAAUGACUGCAGGCUGCUCAAACACUCAACUUAUUCUGCUCUCGCUCCCUGUUGUUGUCCUUCAUUUGGGUUAAGUUCUCACUGAGUGUCUCCUCACCAGAACCAUGGAUAACUUCAAGACUGUCUUGCGUUUCUUCCUGGACCAGAAAGCUACCAUUGGCUACAGCUUCAUGGCUCUCCUGACUUUAGGUGGGGAGCGAGUCUUCUCCAUGGUCGCCUUUCAGUGUCCCUGCAACCAUGACCAGAACUUCGCCUAUGGGCUGACUUUCCUGCUGGGCCCUGCUGUAGUGCUGUUGGUUUUUGGUCUGUUUUUCAGCACCAGGUUGUGGAGGCUCUACACCGGCUGCUGCCUCAACCCCAUGAAGCUUUGCCCUCGUGGGAACUGCUUCGGCUGCCUCAGGGUGUUUGUGAGCAUCUUCACCGGGGCUUGUGUUGCUCCUAUAAUGUGGCUUUCUGUGGCCCUGCUCAACGGGACCUUUUAUGAGUGUGCUGUCAGUGGUCUUGAUGACAACCUGGUCGUGGAUGUGUUCUGUAAAAACAAAACAAUGAAGUGUCGAGAGGAGCUGGCUCGAGUACCAUGUGAUAGGUCCAAACUGUCCAGUGAUGAGCGCAUGGAGCUGCUGCUGAUGCUCAGAGCCCAGUCACAGAUCCUGGGAUGGUGUAUCAUCAUUACCGCCGCCAUCGUGGGCCUCAUGGGUACCUGCUGUAAAAACUGUCGCUCCAAAGUCAGCUACCUGCAGCUCACGUUCUGGAAGCGCUACUCAGAGAAAGAGAAGGACCUCUUUGACACCUUCGCUAUGGACUAUGCUACCAAGCUGGGAGAAAGAAACCUGCAGAGCUUCUUUGAGAACAAGAGCCCUGCUCCAUUCCCUUUCCCAAACCACAAGGCUUGGGAGGAGAUCUCUGAACUCUAUACCUUUUCCAGGAGUGAGCAGUAUUACAGCACUCUGCAGCGGUAUGUGGAGAGGGCAGACCGGGACUUCAUGCCAGAGAAGAGACCUGUCAUUGAGUUUGAGGAUGGAAUAGAGAUGGCCUAGAGAGGAAGGGGCUAUUUAAUUGUUGUCUCUCUAAGCUUAUCUUCCUGGAGUUUACAUUAAUGUCCAUAAUGUAUUUUGCUUGUAAUUUUGGGUCAGAGAUUACAAAAGUGCAGGUCAGACUGCAGAAAGCUGUUCCUGGUAUGUUGCUCCUCUACGGUACAUAAAAGGGGCAUAACCACUCAUUUAAACCUCUGUAACACUGUAUGUAUUUGCACUCCUCUAUGCCUAACAGUGUGUUUGAAAUGUCUUUUGAAAAGUAACUUAUUAACUUAACAUUUUUUAUUAUGGAAGUGACAGUCAGGGUAAUUUUGUGAUUAUUGCAACCAGUUUAUGUCAGUUACAUGUCCUCUGCGUGUUUUAUUUUUACUUACAGCAGAAAAUAAAAUACAAUGCAAACAA